CCUCUGUUGUGGCCGGAAGUUGCUACCUCGGGCAAACGCUUGAACCGGAAAAACCCCGCUCGUCUUUGUCACCCAGCUCCUACACGGGUGCUGUCACAGGCCAUCCAUCAAGUGUUCGAUGCUGAACUCUCGCCGCUGAUGAGAUUAACGCCGAGGUUGACGAGCCGAGCACGUUGACGGCGCGCCUGAUCCGCCUCGCUGCCCAAGUGGCUAACCACUGAGGGGGGCGGUGCCAUUUACCGUGACGUCACAUACAACGACGGGUUUAUCCAAUAAGCGCCGCACGUUUAGUUUGGCUGUAGAUUAUCCUCGGAAGCGUCGCUAUGGCUGCUGGUGGCUCAACUCGGGCCAAGUAAGUCCAAAACCAAAACGGCCCAGACACCUUCGACUAUGGACCCGACUUUCAUUUUAUCAGCCGUCAUCUUCACGCUCCUCGCCCUGGUGGUCGCGACGUCGCUGCUGAACGGAGGUCAAGACCCGCUCAACGCCAGGGGUUACCCGGGACACGGCGAAGCCUCUGCGGCCAAGCAGAACGGCCACCUACCGGACACGAAGCAGAGCAAGAAGAAGGCGGUGGACGACUGGUGCGAGCUGAGCGGCAGCUCCCACGACCACUGGGACGUGGUGAAGUCCGUACAGUCAGAGGAGGUGCCGCCCGUCCCUGCCAGCGGGGAGCCGGCGCCCUUGGCGGCUGAGCGCUCCUCCUCGUCGGCGUCCAGCCUCUCCGUUCCCAGGCCCGACUCCCGGCACACGAGCUUCGACUCGUCGUCCGAGGCCUCGUCGGGGCGCGGGCGCCGCUCCUACAUCGGGCUCUCUGAUCAGGAGCUCCUAAAGUGUGCUUUCUCUCACCCCCAGACCGAAGGAGCCGCAGAGAGCCCGGAGGUCAACGCAGACAAGACGGUCUUCAACGCAAACAAUUCCUUCCAGUACGUCCCGGGAAAGUCGCGAUCCCAGCACAUGGAGAUGAUGAUGUCCAAAGAGGAGCUGGAGGAGGAGCAGAGGGUGCAACGGGAGCAGCUGGCCGCCAUCUUCCAGCUGCUGAGAGACAACACGGAGACGUUCGGGGAGGUCUCGGAGGGCGACAUGGAGGAGCAGCUGCGUCUCUACUCCAUCUGAGACCCCGGGAACUCUUGUGCUUUGCCUUACGUGCAUGUGAGCACUAUAUGAGGACGCCGUCGCCGCCCCCCCCCCCCCGCCGCCCGGUACCGAACUCGCCGGCUCGUAUCCAACAAGCACUUUCUCGGCCCGUUGUUGUUGUUGUUGUUGUUGUGUGAAGCGGAUGAUGGACUUUUUUUUUUUUCAGUUUCUAGCCACAACACAAACAAGUACAACGUAAAACGCUGUUAUUGUCCCGGCUACAACAACACAUGUAAACCUCUUCUGUUGUGUAAUAAAUCACACCAAAGUAAACGCCCA